GAAAAAAAAAAAAAUCUCUGCAGUAUAGUAGAAGCCCAUAUUCCUGUCCAAAAAUUAACUGAAGAACAUCCUAGAUUAGCCUCGAAUUGGAUAAGUUUCUUGGUUCAUCGUCUGCUUUUUUUAUACUAUCCAAUUCUCCAUUAUAAAUAUCACCGCACCUUGUCUCAGUCAUCAUCAGCAAAUCAUCAAAGCAAGUCAAAUUAAACACUACAUACACUCAAAACCAAAAAUCAAUCAAGCUUUAUACAUCUUCUGUUUCUGUUUUCUUCAAUCAAAGUUCUCAAAAAUGUCUCUGAUUCCAAGCUUUUUUGGUGGUCGCAAGAGCAACAUCUUCGACCCAUUUUCCCUCGAUGUAUGGGACCCAUUUGAGGGCUUCCCAAUUGCCAAUGUCCUAUCAUCUGCUCGUGCUCGUGAAACCUCUGCUUUUGCAAAUGCAAGAAUCGAUUGGAAAGAAACCCCACAAGCCCACGUCUUCAAAGUGGAUGUUCUGGGGAUUAAGAAAGAAGAAGUAAAAGUCGAAGUUGAAGAAGGACGAAUUUUGCAGAUUAGCGGUGAGAGAAGCAAAGAGCAAGAGGAGAAGAACGAUCAAUGGCACCGUAUGGAAAGGAGUAGUGGUAAGUUUUUGAGGAGGUUUAGGUUGCCUGAGAAUGUUAAAAUGAGGGAAAUUAAGGCUGCGAUGGAGAAUGGAGUGCUCACUGUGACUCUUCCAAAAGAAGAAGAGAAGAAACCUGAGGUGAAGGCUAUUGAUAUCUCUGGUUAAACAAGUGCAGCUUAUG